AGUCCCUUUUUAAAAUGGUUAUGGAAGGUCGGAAAGUGAAGAUUGUGGGUCCAGCUGAAAAGUUGCAGCAGCUCGAAGACGAUAAAAUCAAGCCAAAAGAGCUGGAAAGGAAUGACGUUGCACACAACAUUGCUCGUGAAUCCUAUCGGGGAUACAACUCGGAGAUUUAUACAACUAUUUCCAACUCAAUGGGACAGCACGGCGAAAUGGCGGAGGGAAAUGGCGAACUACUAGAUGACAUUAAUCAGAAAGCCGAUGACCGUGGCGAUGGCGAACGUACAGAGGAUUAUCCCAAGCUCUUGGAAUACGGCUUAGAUAAGAAGGUCGCUGGUAAGCUCGAUGAAAUCUACAAAACCGGUAAACUCGCUCACGCCGAGCUGGAUGAGCGCGCCUUGGAUGCGCUCAAGGAGUUUCCCGUCGAUGGUGCCUUGAAUGUGCUUAGUCAGUUCCUUGAAUCAAACUUGGAACAUGUGUCAAAUAAGUCUGCCUAUUUGUGCGGUGUGAUGAAGACAUACCGUCAAAAAAGCCGCGCCAGUCAACAGGGCGUGCCAGCGCCUGCCAGCACCAUACAGGUGAAGGGGCCCGAUGAGGAUAAGAUUAAAAAGAUACUGGAACGCACCGGCUAUACAUUGGAUGUGACCACAGGACAACGCAAAUAUGGCGGACCGCCACCCAACUGGGAGGGCAAUGUGCCCGGCAAUGGCUGCGAGGUGUUCUGUGGCAAAAUACCCAAGGAUAUGUUCGAGGAUGAGCUAAUACCGCUCUUCGAGAACUGUGGCACAAUUUGGGAUCUGCGCCUUAUGAUGGACCCUAUGACUGGCACAAAUCGUGGUUAUGCAUUUGUCACAUUCACAAAUCGUGAAGCGGCCGUCAAUGCUGUGCGACAGCUCGAUAAUCACGAAAUAAAACCCGGCAAGUGUCUCAAAAUAAAUAUAAGCGUACCGAAUCUGCGCCUUUUCGUGGGCAAUAUACCCAAGUCUAAGGGCAAAGAUGAGAUUUUAGAGGAAUUUGGUAAACUUACAGCUGGCCUUUUCGAGGUAAUCAUCUACAGUUCACCAGAUGAUAAGAAAAAGAAUCGCGGCUUCUGCUUUCUCGAAUACGAGUCCCACAAAGCGGCUUCUUUGGCUAAACGAAGACUUGGCACUGGUAGAAUUAAGGUAUGGGGAUGUGAUAUAAUAGUCGACUGGGCCGAUCCACAGGAGGAGCCGGAUGAACAAACUAUGUCGAAAGUUAAAGUGCUUUACGUACGAAAUCUGACUCAAGAUGUCUCCGAAGAGAAACUGAAGGAGCAAUUUGAGCAGUACGGCAAGGUGGAGCGCGUUAAGAAAAUUAAAGACUAUGCCUUUAUACAUUUCGAGGAUCGUGAUAGCGCCGUCGAAGCUAUGCGUGGCCUUAAUGGUAAGGAGAUUGGCGCCUCGAAUAUUGAGGUCUCACUCGCCAAACCGCCCUCGGACAAAAAGAAAAAGGAAGAAAUUCUGCGUGCCCGUGAACGCCGCAUGAUGCAAAUGAUGCAAACACGUCCUGGUCUUGUUGGAAACCUGUCGCCGACACACCCCAGCAUGAUGUCCAUAGCAACGCCCAUGCGCCUGCCCGGGGCGCGUAUGCCGCUGCGCACGCCGAUGCCUCGCGAAUACGAAUACGAUUACGACUAUUUCGGUUUCUCGGACUAUCGUGCCGGCUAUGGCAAUGAGCAGUAUUAUGAUGACGUUUAUCGCGCCUACGAUGGCGGCUACGAGGGCUAUUAUGAAUUUCCGAACGGUGCUGGUGCCGCAGGAGGCGGCGGUGGCGCUGGCGCUGGUGCCAGCGGCGCCGUGUCCGGCGGCAGUGUCUCAUUGACCACUCCGCAGCGUCCAUCAAGACCCCAAGCAAAUGGCCCGGCAGUCAAUUCUCCGGUCGUUAUGGGGGGUGGUCGUGGACAUGGAAUCACAGUCCCGCGUGGCCGAGUCGUUGGCCAGCGUGGCAGCAUCAGUCGUCUGGGGGCCCAACCAGCGCCACAGGCGGCAGCGGAGGUGGCGGGACAAGCGGCGGCGGCGGCGGCGGCGGUAGCUCAACGGGGGGCCAUCGUUCAGGGGGCACCAGCAGCAACCGGGGGGGUCCGUGGGGUGGGACAAAUGCGUCCCAGCGCUCGUGGCACCCAGCACGUCAAGCCGCUACAAAAUUUACCAGCUGGAUCUGCGCUCAAGACAUACAUGGAGGGUAACUAAGCGUAGUGCGUCCCCGAGCUCGUCGCAUAGCGAGGACACUCGUCCGCCAACCAAAAAACGCAAGUCUAAACACAGCUCCUCAGGCCACAAGAAAAAAUCACACAAGUCCAAGAAACAAGCACGCAAAUCUAAAUCGUCUCGAUCUAAAAAGCGAUCGAAAAGGAGCUCCAGUUAAAGAAAAAAUGAUUCAAGCAAGCAAAAUUGAAACACAACUAAACACAGGGACCACACAAAAGACAAAAACUACUCGUUGCAAAAUCUAGUUUCCAGUUUCAAAGAAGUAUAUGAUGAAUAAUAUAUCAUCAUCUAUAUAUAUAUUUGUUUUUGGUACAUUUUCGUCAAUUGUUGUUCACACGCACACACUAAAGUGUCAAUGUUUUGUUUCGCAACGAACAAAAGAAUUUUGGCUUUUUAACACACACACACAUACACACACCCACCCACCACACAUGCACAAUUCUCCAUAAUUCAGAUCAGAUCAGAUCAGUUCAAAAAACCGUUCAGGAAUCCAAACACAAAUUAUAACUGUUUCGCAAAUUACCGAAAUGGAAGACGAACCCCAAACCAAACCCCGAAAUUCUCAAGAACCAAGUACAGCGCCCCACCACCACACAAAUCCAAGGCUCACUGAACAUACCAAACAUGCCGAUCCAAAAUCGCUCGCUGUUGUUACCAACGCUCUACGCAUCCUAUUCUAGUUUCUACUCUAUAACCGUACUCCCAGUACUACUCCUAGUUACAUGUUUCGUGUUGUUAGGCGAUAAUGUCAUGUACAAUGUUUUAUCUAUUCAUUCGCGCAUACGUCAGACGUUUCUCUUUUCGAAAUUUGUGUAUCCACGCACUUUUCCACAUGUAAACGUUUCACACACACACACACACACGCACACCCUCCCAAACCACACCCACACACACUUUGUUGUAAUGUGUAAUAGUCUAUUACAACGACGCCCCCAGGUCCCUGAUGUUAUGCUGAAACUUUACUUUUGAUGUGUAAUAAUUAUAAUAAUAAAAUUAUAUAUUUAAAAAGAAAGAA